AGUACAUUUUAAUUUCCUUAGAGCUGGAGGCAGUAUAUUAGCCAAAAUGAUCAAACAAAUCUAAUUGACUAAAAGGAAAUCUAGAAAGAAACCCCCUGAAGCUGUUCACAUGACCUCUUCCAAGGAUGAUGCCCAGAAGCACUCAAUAUGGUUCAUCAUUUGACAUACCAUCAUAGGCUUUCCUACAACACAGCCUCCAACAAAACGAGGCUGUCUGGAACCCCUGGCAACAGAAAGGUUGAGAAAGCACCUAAAUCUGCAUGCGGUAUGUGCCCAGGCAGACUUCGAGAGGUUCCAGCUGUGAGACUAAAUACCCUAAUGAGAUUGUCUGGGAUGAAGAAGCAUGUCAGCAGGGCCUACAGUGGUUUCAUGUGUGCCAAGUGUGUCUGUGACAGGAUCAAGCCAGCUUUCCUUACUGAGGAGAGAAUUGUUGUCAACGUGUUGAAGGCACAACAGAGACAGAAAGUGAAAUAAAUAUGCAUCUUUUUUAAAGUAAUAAAAGUCAAGGCUUAGUAUGUGAAAAAACAAAAAAUGAAAUGUUGAAAAGCUACCCACCCCAGGCUCACAAAAUAACUGAAUACAGUACUCCACAUCUAAGUUAGUCUAAGGCACUACUUCACUAGUAAACAUUUUCCCCAGUUUUGAGGUGAUACAUCAAGUGCAGCUAUGUGUACACAGCUUCUGUAACUGUACAGCUGAACACCUUAGAUGCAGUUUUCAGAGUAAGGUGGUCGGGGCAGACACCUUUAAUCCCAGCACUCAGGAGGCAGAAGCAGGGGGCUCUCUGUGAGUUCGAG